UGAUCCAGUGGACUGAUACAAUAAUCUCGAUUCCCACAAAUUAUAUUCGUAUCGGUGCUGUGUGGGCCCGUCCUUCAGGCUGAUACGACAUGGUGAACAUACCAAAAACAAGACGAACACACUGUAAGAGAUGUAAUAAACACACUGAGCACAAGACUACACAAUACAAGAGGUCUAAGGAGAGAAGUCUCGCUCUAGGUCGGCGCAGGUAUGACAGAAAACAAGCAGGAUUUAAAGGCAGGACGAGGCCCAAGCUGAAGAAGAAGGCCAAGACCAGCAAGAAAAUAGUCCUUCGGCUGGAGUGUAAGGAGUGCGGCAUCAGAAAACAGCUCGCUAUUAAAAGGAGCAAGAGGUUAGAGCUUGGAGGAGAUCUUAAACGGAAGGAUCAAGUGCCGACGUUUUGAUCAAGUCUACAUUCAGACAUCUUGAUGUUGUGACUUUGUGAUGAUUUGACAUCGUGAUGGUAUAACAUCAUGACCUCGGCAUAAUCUCUUUUACUGCACGUUUUAUACACGCAAUAUGUAAUUAAAAUUGUACUCCCGCGUCGUAAUGCAUUAAACAAUUAUUUUGCA